UAUUUGUAGUAAUCCAUCAACAUUCUCUCAUAACUAAAACAUAUCUUAAUAUCUUAAUAUAUAACAAGAAACAGUUGUCAAAUCUAUUUUACAACAUGUCUAAUUAUUCUCCAAUGUUGGUCCUGGUCUUGUUUGCUUCAUCCAUUCUCCUACUUCAAGGAGUUCUAGGUGAGAUUGUAUGUGAGGAAUUGCCAACAGAGGUAUGCUCCUUCUCGAUUGCGUCGUCUGGGAAGAGAUGUAUAUUGGAGAACUCGUACAACAAUAAUAAGCAACAACUAGAAUGUAGAACAUCAGAAGUCGUGGUGGAAAUAAGAUUGUCAGAGUACAUAGAGACGGACCGAUGUGUAAGGGCUUGCGGCGUUGAUAGGAACUCCGUUGGUAUCUCUUCAGACACUUUGCUUGACCCACAAUCCAUCUCCAACAUCUGCUCCUCUCCUUGCUACCAUAACUGCCCCAACAUUGUCGAUCUUUACUUUAACUUGGCCGCUGCUGAAGGUGUGUUUUUGCCCGAUUUGUGUGAGAAGCAACGAAGCAACCCUCACCGUGCUAUGAUCGAGCUUUUGAGCUCUGGUGCUGUUGCUGCUGGUCCCGCAAAUAGUGAAAACCUUAAUAAUGCUGCUGGUGCUCCUGCCCCCGCUUUCAUAUAAAUAAUAAUAAUUCAAAUAAGCAACUGCACGUCAUAUGUACGAUCAGUUUUCCGCCGAUCGAUUAGUUCAUUUCAUGCAUCUUUUUUUAUUAUUAUUAUUUUCUUGUUUUUUUAUUUUUAUUUUUUUGAAAUUUGUUGUAGAGCAGAUGGGCAAAUAAUAUCCAUUGGAUUAGACUUAGAUAAAGUAUCUUGUUACUUUACAUAGAUAUAUACAUGGGAUCUUUCUUUUUGCUUUAAAA